UGCGGGGCGCCUCCCCGCCCUUCUGCACCCCGCUGAGCCCUGACUUCUACCUGUGAGUUUUAAAAACAGAUCAUCACAGGUUAAAAUGGCUUAAUUUCUAACGAGUCAAAUGUUAGUCUCCGAAGUGAACAUUAAAACAUCCGGAGCGCUCAGGCCGUUCUUCCACACGCUGGAGGCAGGAGCAAAGACCAUGGGCUUUCGAGCAGGCCCAGCCCAGGCGGCCGGCCUGGGUCUCCGCCGCCGGCCGCCAGCCCGAGCGCCCUUCCCCGGCGCACCGGGGCUCCUUCCUGGACCGCACAGCGCUUUUUCCCUCAUCCCUCCUCUCCAAGCCCGACGCAUCAGCGCUUCCCUCUGCCUGGAAGCAGACUCACCUGCGCGUACCCCGUCAGCUUGACGGAACCCUCACAGCUCACCGAACUGAGAUAAUGAAGCCUUGCCUUGCUUUCCUCAGUCGGGGACCUUCUUCUCUAGAAACGGCCUCCUUUGGCCAUUGGACGGGUGAUAGAAUCGUCUGAGUGAGGUUUUACGGCAUCGCGGUGGGAAGGUGGAGCAGUAUGUCUCGGAAGUCUGCAACUGAAGUAGGAAACACAAUAGUGGUUUUGUGAGUCCUUUUAACAAGCUCAUGGAAGAGCUUGUCUCUGGGACAACACUUAUGCUUCCAGAAACACCUAUGGGGGUGAUUGUAAUUGGAAAGAUGCUAAGCACUGACAAACUUGUGGAAGCCUCCCAUUGGUGUGGCGGGCGGAGAAGGCCAUGGCUGGUGCAGACUUGCCCCCCAGUUCUGUUCUCUCACUGCAGAGCCCCCUUCAGAGACCCGGGGUCGCCUGCAGAACUCUCACUUCACGCUUGCUCACACAGCGAAUGUUCCGGAGUCUGCUGGCUGUGCGUGACACCUCGUUUGGUCCCAGAAAUGCAGCAGGGAGUGGAACGCUUUCAUUCUAGGCAGAUUCCAGGCUCUUCCUUUGGGCCAGGGUCACAGUUGUGGCCGAGUCACAUUCCAGGAAAACGUCCGCUCUGGUCCAGACCAGGAAGGUGCGACAGGGUGGGCUGGCCGGCAGUCUGCAGCCACGACUCGAGGGUGUUUCCUGAGGGCAGAGUGCUUCCGCUAGGUUGUGAAUCCUCCUGAAGCCCAGUGUUCCCCCGAGACGGUUUGUAGCGAAACUCUGUGGGAUUCAUGGGGAGGACGUUUGGCCUUUACAGCGAUACAAUUUGAGUAAGAAGCAAAAUUUUUGUUUUUAAUGUGCUGUUUUCUGUGGGGAGGUGUGUGAAGGGUACUAGCAGGUGUCUCCUGGGCCAGAUUGCAGGCCUCUGGGGGUCACAGGCCCACCUGAGACUAACAGCUCUCUAUAACUGAGCUGAAGCACACAAAGGCCCCCAGGUCGUGAGUGGGGCUUCAGGUGGCCUCCUUUGUGCCGGGGGAGACCAAGUGACUCUCCGACAUGUAAUCACAUGCCGAACGGGGUGGGGACCGGCUGGUUGCGGCGUGCGGUGCAGGAGGCAGCAGCCCGAUGGCUGGGAACAGAGCCGGCCUCCAGGCGGAUUGGGCGGUAGCUGCCAGGGUGGGGGUGGGAGGCUCUGGGGAUGCAGCGGGGUGCGGGGUGUCCACCCCAUCUCACAUGGUGCUGGCCUCAGUAGCUGCACAGCGAACCCUUCACACAGUGACCGGGCGUGGUGCCCCGUCCCCCAACCUGACAGGUCCUUCCUGGCUUUCCAGACAGCGGCCUUGAGCGGAGCGCUGUGUUCCAGAGCUGCUCAGCUGUUCUGGGAGAACCUGACCGCGUACUUCUCUGCGGGGCCGGCUCGGCUGUUGGGCCGUGAGCGGUGAGGUGUCCCUCACCGGCCGCUCCUGUAUCUCCGAGCUGAGUGGCGGGUGGAGAGGAUUGAGAGAAUCGGUUGAAGUCAAGAACGGGGCAGAACGCCUGUGCCUCAGCUCCUCUCUCUCACCCAGCAUCCCCCACCCUUUGGGCCAGUCGCUUUUUGUUCACCUGAGGAUUUCUCAUCCAGGGGAAGUGGUCGUCUCAGCCUCUCAUGCUACCAGGGUUAUGCGAGUGGCCAGGCCUUCCCGCCUCCACGCACAUGCACGUUCCCCGGGAUGAUGAGCCCAGUCCUAACCUGUGUGCACCUGCCCCGCCGCCUGGGCCCCUCAGGCACACGCCCGGUGGGGAAAGUGUGUGUAAUGCUUGCGGUCCAGCUGCUUCUGGACGAAGCUUUGCUCCUGCCACGUCUGGUCUUCCCAGGAGGCGCCGCUCCUGCAAGCGUGUGGCCAGCCGAGGCUUUGGUGCCACAAGACCCUUAUCCUCCAGGGACUCGCAGUGGACAAGAGCUGAACUGUAGGUGGCCUCCGUCCCAGCCGGCCCAGGCUUCUUCCUCUUCCCCGUGUCCUUGCAUCUGAGAGAGGGCUGGCCGGCGCCAGGUGGGCUCUUGGAGCCCAGCUUCAUCCUUGCGCCUAUGAGGCUUCUGCAGUAGAAAUAGCCUGGCUUUACUUACUCAUCUAAGCUGCCCAGGCAGAGGCUGGAACAACGCCCCUACCCCAAUGUUCCAGCUCCCCUGCACCCCCCAUCACACACAGUGGCCCUCCGGCUUGUCACUACCAGGUUCCUGUCCGAAUUCUUCUACCAGGCAGGCUUCCUGUGCUCAGCAAGCAUUUCCUGAAAGAAUGAGCCAGGGAACAGACAGACAAACAAAUGGCUCCAGCAGUCGGUGAAUGUCAGUCCCCGCUGCCCAGAAGCAGCCGUGCUGGGUGUUUGUGGGGAAAGUGCUGAAGAGGCUUUUCCCUCGUCUUCCCUGCAGCCAAGAAAAGAGGGCACCUGUGACUCCAGCGUCUGACAAGCCAGCCGGGACAGUGGCCGCUGAGGAGGUCCCCAGUUUGACAGAUGAGGACACCCAGGUCCCACCUCGAAGGCGACUCUACACGGCAAGUUUGCCUCCUGAGGGGUACGUCCCUGCUCCGCCAGAGCCGCAGGGCAGCCCAGCCUCCGAGGACACGUCUGGCAGUGAUGACACGGGAGGAGGGUGCCAGCUCCCAGAGGAGGAGCUUCCCGACCCACCGAAGAGAAGAAGGGCGAGAAAGCAUAAAUCCAGGAAGAGUCUUAAAAAUCCCAGCAAUGAUCACUCGGAACCAGCAGAAUUAGAGAAACAGCAGAGUCUUUUACAAGAGAAGUCGCAGCCACAGCCCACAGAUGGCCCCACGAUCAGUAGAAAUAAGAAGAGGAAACUGAAGAAAAAGCAGCAGAUGAAGAGGAAGAAAGCCGCGGGUUUACUCACAGCAGCCUCUGGCCGCAACUUCAUGUACCAGCCCGAGGAGGGCGACAGCGAUCCAGGAGACCCGGCAGACGGCGGCGGGGACGCUGAGGGGGACGCCGAGGGGGACGCGGAGGAGGACGCCGAGGAGGACCGUGCGGACGCCUGCGGGGAGCACCAGGACAGGACAGAUGCCAAUGAGGAAGAUGCGAAAAGUACCGAUGAGAAGGCAGAUGGGAUCCUGAGGUUUCUGAAGUCGACACAAGAAAUUUAUUUUUAUGAUGGUGCCUGCAAGGAUGGGGACUCAGCCGUGUCCCCGGAGGCCUGUCAGGAGCUGCUCCAGCGUCUCGAGGACCACAGCGUGUCCCCCUCCGACGUGCUCCUGGUGGAUCACAUGAAAACGCUGUUACUCAUGCGAGACACCGUGAGCCUGCAGCGCAUCCUGGAGAGGUUCCCGGCGUGUUGCACCAUGCCGCCCGUGUGGACGCCCCAUUCUCCGGAGAUCCUCCUCCCUCGCCACCCUCCAUGUCCUCGAGAGAUGCCUGUCCCACUAACGGGAACCUUCUGGAGACAGAUUGGGACAGCCAGUAUUUGCUCCCUGUUCUGGAGAUCCAUCAGUUUGCAGCUAGGUGCUGUGAAGCAACCUGAGCUUCAUAAAAGUCAGCGGAGGCCCUGAAGGUUCACCCACGGAGGACAGAGUAUCACGCAGGAACAACGCAGUCUGUUAGCAGGUGGACCGCCCACCCUCGCAGGAGCAGCUCCAGGGCUUUGCAACCCGCGCUCACACUCAUCUGGACGAAGGAGAAACAACUGCAGCCAGGUGACAGCCCAGACGAACAGAGUUCGGAGGCUUUCAGGGCGGCAAACGGAGUCGGCCGACACUGGGGAGCGAAAGAGGUUGAGUAUUCGGGACCGGUGUGCCCGCCUAGGGUGGCCGGAGCCUAGCUCUGCCCUCCUCUUGCUGAUCUGUGAGCGGGGGACGCCUUUACAGAAGGGACUGAUGUCUUGGCUUUAGGCAAAUGGGGCAGGGGCAGAGAGCUGCUCUUCCUCACCGGCCUCCAGCUCAAAAUCCCCGACACGGCCACGUGGCCAGUGUUGACGUGGGUGCUGUGGCCCCUAUAAAGGGCCCUCUGGCUCCCUCUAGGGCCGGCCGGCUGGGGUACGGGGUGCCAGGGCUGCCGGGAGCGGGCCUGGGAGGAGCGGGCCGGCCACUGGGAGCAAACACUGCCGAGCAGGUGGGGGCAUGGCUGGUGGUGGCUCUCCUGGAAGUGACGUCCACUUUGUCUAGAGUUCCCUGUAAGCUUCUGCACAAGCCCAGCGGACUGCAGGCAAAAGCCAGAAACAUCAGCUCUUCUGGAAGGUCAGGGCCAAGGGCCGCGUCCUGGAAGAGCAGGGCCCUUGUGCACCGAGAUGUUUCUCAGAGCUGUGAGUGACGAACCAAAGCCCCGACCGCGUCCCCUCCCUGGAAGACGGGCAGGAGGGGCGGCAGCAGGCUCGAACCCUUUCCUGGAGCAAAGCCCAGGUUCUGCGCCCCUUUGCAGAAAGAGCUACCGUGUCUUUUGCCCAUUUGUUCAGUACGUUGGUUGUUGGUUGGUUUACCGCACAUUUUCGUGACUCACUUCUAGGUCGUGUGAGGUUUGCAACCCGGGUCUGUUUGGGCCGCUUGGACUCUGCAGGCCUGGGCAGCCUCUGGGGAUGCAGCCGCCUCUUACCCAAGCCCUGGACCGUAAGGUAUACCUGCCUGACCGCGAGUGACCACGCAGACCGUGUCCCGCGCCAUGACCGCGUGGGGAGUGGACGUUGCUGUGCGCUGGUGCCCUCCCCCGCUGUCCUGGAGAUGCCCUUGCGGCCGGGACCCGAGCGCGGUCACGCCACACGUGGGGCCAUGUCUUUCCCCAGCGCCCACUCUGUAGAGACGGGUCCAUGGUCCCCGUGUUCUCCACGAGGCUGCUGCUCGCUCUCUUCUGAGCCCGCGUCCCCGUGGCCGGGGAAGGUGGGACAGCCUCCACCUCACGGUCUGUGUAAACCCGCUGACGCCGGGCGCCUGUGGGCGCUCUGUCUCUGGAGCGCGGCCCGGAUUGCUCCCGCUGUGGCUGAUGGUUUCCCAGACCCGCCGCACACCCUCCUUCCCUGCCCUGCCUCUCCCGCCUCGGGAGAGACGGUGUGAUGUCACCUCCGUGGGGAUGGGCGAGGUGCGCUCUCUCGGCCUCUCUUUCUGGGUGUCCGUCUCUCUGUCUCUCUCGCCCCAUAUGGACUCGUGGAGUUUCCUUGGGCCCACGGGAGCCCCUUCAAGACAGCCUCGAUGUCCUCCUGGCGUGCUGCGUCUUUGAGCGCGUCCCUGCUCUCUGAAAGCUCAGCUGUGCGGGCGAAUCUCAUGCUUUCUGUGCCCCAGAGCCGGGACCAGCCAUUUCUCCAGGGAGUGAAGGGGUGAUUUUUUAAAAUACAGAUCUCAGAACCAGAACCAGUAUUUUUCAAAACUUCUUACCCACAGGCCCCCACCCAAUGUGCUGCAUAGUAUCAGGUGGGCUUGGGGUCCCUUCACCCUCAGAAACCUGCGCCGUUCCUGGCACAUAAAGUGCUGACUGAAAGAAGCCAGAAUGUCAGUUUUCUUUCUGCCCCUAGACUGACAACCUGAGCUGAAUUUCAGCCCAAAAUAGUGUGCACGGGCUCGCAGUGUCUAAUUCGACUUCACUGCAAUACCAGUUUUGUGUGAAUCCACCCACUGGGAAGAAAACAGAGCGAGGCAGGGAGGUGCGGCCCCGAAGCCGUGUGUUCUUCUGAGACCGCGGAGCACGGGCGAGGCCGGAGCACCGAGGGUUUAGAGCGUCGAUACUCGGGUGUUUCACUCGGCUCAAAUUACUUCCCUCUGUUUUUCCACUGUUUUUAAGCCGCCCCGAAGCUGGGAUCCCGGAUCUAUUUCUAACCUCGCCCUGCAGGAGAUGCCACUUGUCUGCUUGCAUAAGGCCUCCUGGUGUUUUAAUUUGGGAUCUUCUCAUCACGAAGAAGCAUAUUUUCGUCUCUGCAUCUUGGCUUCCCCCUCUUGCUUCAUCAAGUGAGACGCGAUCACAGCCACCCCCGAGCUCCGCCGCCACUGCGGGGCCAUGUGGCACAGAGACUGUCCUCACUGCGCCGGCGCCACAGCACACGGUCCCCAUGCAUCCAGCCCCUUGCGGGUUUCCAGUCACUGCUAGUAAAACAGCAGCCGCUACCAGCAUUGCUCAGGGUUGCCAGCCCUGUCCGUCCACGCAGGCUCCUGAAUCCCGCACCCUCCGGAAUCUGUUCCUCGUGCCCUGGGGGCUGGACGUCCAAGCUCCGGGUGCCAGCUCGGGCCCUCACUUGGCAGAGAAGGGCCCUGGGUCGUCCUCCUCGUGCUGUCAUCCCGGCCACCCCGAGACUCCUCUCCUCCCCGACCCUGGUGCACGUGGUCCCGUGGGGGGUUAGGGCCCCACCUGUGAAGAGACGGCGCACAGCACUAAGCAGCCCUCGGAAAAUACUUCAUCCUUCCCAGGGCACCUGUGCAGCCUCGGCCUUCGUGACGCCUGCUUUAUAGACGUGUGGACCGACAGGUGGACAGACAUAGAGGCGGCAGGAGCUGGAAGGUUCAGCCAGAGGGCAGCCGCCCUCUGACGAUUUAUCCCGCGUCCUCGCCUUCCUCGGGGUGUCGUCCUGAGAGCAGGUGAGCUCUGAGGUUCUGAGGGCAGUGGAUGCCCAGCUCAGGCCGGGCAGCUCUGUGGCUGUGUCUGGGCCGGGCUGGCACCAGGGAGCCCGGCUUCUGGGUGUCUGCUCCCAGAGCCACGCCAGCAGCCCCUAAGGAAAGUGUCUGGAACAGAUGCUGAACUUGGAGGGACAGGCACAACUUUGCGGUCAUCCUCGGAUGGCCCCUAGAAGCCGCACCUGUGAUCAGACCUCAGGCCCAAGGCAGGAAGGACGCCAGCUUUCCCUGAUGUGUCCUUGGACCAGGAUGUGGCCCCGACAUUUGGAGCUGAGGAUGAGCCCAAGAGCCACGCCCCCAAGGAGACAGUUCUCUUGUUCUUCUGAACAAGACAGCUGGGCCCGGCGUCCCCUGCAGAGCUGGCAGGACAAGCCUGAUGCUGAGGUCUCACUGCCCACUCAAACACAGAGCAGAGGCUCCAGGGACAGGGACACACCCACACUCUCCCGUGCAGGUGCGGCCCCGUCUCAGGUGUGUGGGUGCCAUAGGGCUUAGCAUUUUCCCAGGGGUCGCAGAACAUCGCAGGGGUGGAUGGGCAGGGUGCUCUGGUGGGCGACUCCCACAAAGCACAGCCCACCCAAGGACGCCCUUGAAGGCCAUGAGCUUGCGCCUCCGGGUCUGGACAGAGAGACAAUCUCCCGUGCUCCGGGCGUGUUAGUGGGGCUCCUUGAGUCUUCAGCAAGCACAUCCACCAUACUUGCUAAUUUGUACCUUGGGGGUUUUGGUAAAAAACACUUUUCCAUUUCCAGAGCUCAAAGACCUGCACUUUCUUCUCUUUAUGAUUUUACCUGCCGCGUCGAGUGUUUAAUCCAGUGUAAGUCCAGGUCUGAUGAUGAAAUUAAGGACCAGGCUUCGUUGUUUUCUCCAUGUAAUGAACAAGUUUCUCAGUCUCGAGCUUUAAAAAAUCUGCCCUUUUCUGGGGGAGAUUGUGGUAUGUCAUCCUUAUUAAGUGUCGGAUGUCCCAUAUGACUGUGGGUCCAUUUUUUUUCCUAUUUUGUUGUAUUGAUCUAUCUGGUCCUGCACAAGCACGCAGCCUUUAUUAGUUAGGCUUCUAGAACGUUCCAUUGAGGGGAAGGAGAGUCCCCUUUUGCUUUAAAUUUUAAAACUGACUUUGCUAUUCAUGUAUUUUCAUUUUUCAUGUGAAUUUCAAAUGGCAUUUUUGAGUUUACCUAAAAUUCCAGCUGGGGAUUUUAUUUGCAUCGCAAAGAAUAUGUUUGAAUGGAGUUGACAUCCUUGUGAGGUUAUGCCACAUCCACAGGUAUGUAUCGUCCGUUUGUCCGGACACUGUCUUCUGUCCUUCAGCAGAGCUGGACAGACUCCCUAAAAGUCUGCUGCAUUCUUCCUGAGGUUCAUUCUUGAUUCCUCAUCCAUUAGAUAUUCAUUCCUUUAACACAUGCUCCUGAGUGCUAUCAGAGUCCUUAGCACGAGGGACAGUAAUGAAGAAAACAACCCAGGUCCCAGCCCUGUGGGAUAAGAUUCCAUAGGAAAAUAUGGAAUAUAAGGCAUAUUCUAUAGAUUUAUGAGGAUGAUUCCUUACUUACUUACUAUAUGUUUUAUCUUUUACUAUGUUUCUAUAAUAUUUUGCUACAAGAGCAUGUGAAUACAUUUAUUUUUUUGCUAUAAUGUUUCUAAUUGACUAUUGAUGAUGUAGAAGGGUGAUGCUGAUUUGUAAGCUGAUCUUGGAUCUGGCAACCUUGAUGAACUUCCUAUUAGUUCUAAAGGUGCAUCUAAAGGUACAACUCUAGGGGCACCUGGGUGGCUCAGUUGCUUAAAUGACUGCCUUCAGCUCAGGUCAUGAUCCUGGA